AUGCCCCGCGGCGAGUGGGAGCAGUGGCGGCGGCGGCGAAAUGCCCCGCGGCGAGUGGGAGCAGUGGCGGCGGCGGCGAAAUGCCCCGCGGCGAGUGGAGUAGUGGCGGCGGAGGCGAAAUGCCCCGCGGCGAGUGGAAGCAGAGGCGGCGGCGGCGAAAUGCCCCGCGGCGAGUGGGAGCAGAGGCGGCGGCGGCGAAAUGCCCCGCGGCGAGUGGGAGCAGUGGCGGCGGCGGCGAAAUGCCCCGCGGCGAGUGGGAGCAGUGGCGGCGGCGGCGAAAUGCCCCGCGGCGAGUGGAGUAGUGGCGGCGGAGGCGAAAUGCCCCGCGGCGAGUGGGAGCAGUGGCGGCGGCGGCGAAAUGCCCCGCGGCGAGUGGGAGCAGUGGCGGCGGCGGCGAAAUGCCCCGCGGCGAGUGGGAACAGUGGCGGCGGCGGCGAAAUGCCCCGCAAGGAAGAAAAGCGGUGCGUUGGUCGGAGGACCGCACUCGCCGUCAGCCCCCGCCCCCAACAGCAGUGCUCAUUCACGGCAUCCUGGGCAGCGGCAAGAACUGGGGCUCCUUUGCUCGCCGUCUCGCUACAGAGUUCCCCGCUUGGCAGUUCCUCUGUGUGGACCUGCAUUUCCACGGGGCUUCCACAGAAACUACUGCAACUCCGACCUUCCUGUCUCUGCUCCCUCCAACUUGUAACCAACCGCAAUCCCCUCUCUAUUCCCUUCCAGUUCCUUUGUGUGGACCUGCAUUCCCACGGGGACUCCACAGCCGCAUCAAGGCGCCUGGUGCCGCACUCAACCCUCGCUGAAGUACCUCCGCAGCAGCAUCUCUCUGCCAUGCCUUUCCCCUUCCCCUCAAAGCUCCCCUCCCACUCCCCUUACUUCCUGUGUGUGGACCUGCGAUGCCACGGGGCGUCCACAGCAGCGUCGAGGCACCUGACACCAUACUCAGUGCACUCUGCCGCUAAGGACGUGCUGCACCUGAACAGUGCUGCUCCUGCUGGCUUCUGCUUGCUUGGUUUGGUGCUGCUCUUUUUAGGUGCUACUGCCUGUGCCGUCACAGCAGCAUCGUGGCACCUGACACCGCACUCAGUGCUGGGGGCAGAGCAGGAGGCGAUGGGGCAUGGCGCUGCUCUGAGGAUGCACGUGCUGGAGGACCCCGGGCACUGGGCGGGUGCAGUGCGGUUGAGAGGGGUCUCGAGGUGUGAUGCACGUGGUUUGCAUGGGCAUUGGGGCAUGGGAAAGGGAUGCAUGCUGGGGUGA